CCUCUUUGGCACUCACCCACAUGCUCAGCUGAGAGUGGGGGACUGAAGGCAGAGCUGAAAGCGGAGCUGCACUGCUGCUAUCCCCUCAGAGGAGAUGAUCAGGUCUGCACAAGUGCUCUCCCGGAGCAUGAUAUUCGACCCGGCUUUCUCCGUCCCGAAGGACUGAAAGCUUACCCCCUCCCCUUCUCGUCCUCCUCCCCCUCCUGCUCUUUCACUGCUCCCUACCGCUUUUUUCGUCUCCCUGGGGGGAAAUCUCUCCUCAGCUCUUUGUGAAGCCCAUACACACGUGCAACAUCACAGCUGAGUCUGCAGCAACCGUACUACAGCAUCCGCAUCCGGAUUUCACACCAUGGAACGCUUCCUCGGCUUCGUCAAACAGAUCCGCAGGUCCCGAAGACGCAAGGGCAAAAAGUACCGGCCCGAAGAGGAUUAUCACGAGGGCUACGAGGAUGUGUACUACUACGCUUCCGAGCACCUGCACAAUGAGGGGCCUUACACCAAACACUCCAACCCCUCCAGACCUCCAGAUGGAGCGCUGGCUAUCAGAAGACAAAGCAUCCCAGAUGAGUUUAAGGGCUCCAGCAUGGUGGAGCUGAUGAAGAAGGAAGGCACCACCCUGGGCCUGACCGUUUCGGGAGGCAUCGACAAGGACGGCAAGCCACGCGUCUCCAACCUACGGCAGGGCGGAAUCGCAGCCAGGAGCGACCAGCUGAACGUCGGAGACUACAUCAAGUCGGUGAACGGCAUCAACCUGACCAAGUUCCGUCACGAUGAGAUCAUUAGUCUGCUGAAAAACGUAGGCGAGAGAGUCGUACUGGAGGUGGAAUAUGAACUGCCGCCUGUUUCCGUGCAAGGUUCAGGUGUAAUGUUCAAAAAUGUCGAGGUGACGCUACACAAAGAGGGGAACACGUUUGGAUUUGUCAUCAGAGGAGGCGCCCAUGAAGACAGGAACAAAUCUCGCCCUGUUACCAUAACAACGAUCAGACCUGGUGGCCCUGCUGACAGGGAAGGCACUAUCAAACCCGGAGACCGGCUGCUGAGCAUCGACGGUAUCCGUCUGCACGGUACUUCCCACGCAGAGGCAAUGAGCAUCCUCAAGCAGUGCGGCCAGGAAGCAACACUCCUCAUCGAGUAUGACGUGUCCAUCAUGGACUCCAUAGCCAGUGCUUCUGGUCCUCUACUUGUGGAAGUGGCCAAGCCUUUGGGCUCCAGCCUGGGGGUUGCUCUGUCUACCUCCAUGUACUGCAACAAGCAGGUCAUCAUCAUUGACAAGGUCAAGCCAGCCAGCAUCGCUGACAGGUGUGGCGCACUGCAUGCCGGUGAUCAUAUCCUGUCAGUUGAUGGCACUAGCAUGGAGUAUUGCACGCUGGCUGAAGCCACCCAGCUCUUAGCCAGCGCCUGUGAGCAUGUCAAGAUGGAGAUCCUUCCUCAUCACCAGACUAGACUGGCCCUUAAAGCAUCAGAUCAUGUCAAGGUGCAGAGGAGCAACCGGCCAUUGCCCUGGGAGUCCGGCACAAACAACAACAGCAACUUCCUCCCUUACCAGCACUAUAACACCUACCACCCUGACCAGUCCUGCAGCCAGGCCAAGCAGAAAUCUUCUCCAAACAACCCCUCACUAGGCUCAUCUUUCUCACCCACCUCCAUGAGUGCCUACAGCUUGAGCUCCCUCAACAUGAGCACACUGCCUCGCAACAUGUAUCCCACAAGCCCCCGCAGCACACUGAUGAGGCGCAAACUGAAGAAGAAGGACUACAAGAGCUCAUUGUCUCUGGCCUCAAGCACUGUAGGCUUGGCCGGACAGGUGGUCCACACAGAGACCACUGAGGUGACCCUGGUCAGCGACUCCGUCAUGGGAUUUGGAAUUCAGCUCCAGGGAGGGGUGUUUGCCACCGAAACUCUCACUUCUCCUCCUCUUAUCGCUUACAUCGACCACGACAGCCCAGCUGAGAGGUGUGGAGUCUUGCAGAUCGGCGACCGACUCCUGUCCAUCAAUGGGAUUCCCACAGAGGACAGCACAUUGGAGGAGACUAACCAGCUGCUUCGCGACUCCAGCAUCACCAGCAAAGUUACACUGGAGAUUGAGUUUGAUGUAGCAGAGUCUGUUAUCCCAAGCAGUGGCACCUUCCAUGUGAAGCUACCAAAGAAGCCAGGAGUGGAGCUGGGCAUUACUAUCAGCUCCCCAUCUAACAGGAAGCCAGGUGAUUCUCUCAUCAUCUCCGACAUAAAGAAGGGCAGCGUGGCGCACAGGACAGGGACGCUGGAGUUAGGAGACAAGCUUUUGGCCAUCGAUAAUAUCCGCCUGGAUAACUGCUCCAUGGAAGAUGCUGUCCAGAUCCUGCAGCAGUGUGAGGAACUGGUCAAGCUCAAAAUCCGUAAAGACGAGGACAACUCAGGUGUCCUGCGUCUAGGCCAUGUUGAUAUGGACGCCCGUGUGCUGUUGGCCUGUGUUGCAGACGAGCAGGAGAGCUCUGGUGCCAUCAUCUACACUGUGGAGCUGAAGCGCUACGGGGGCCCACUGGGCAUCACCAUCUCAGGCACCGAGGAGCCCUUCGACCCCAUAAUCAUCUCCAGCCUCACCAAGUGCGGCCUGGCUGAGAGGACCGGGGCGAUCCAUGUCGGGGAUCGUAUCCUGGCCAUUAACAAUAACAGUCUGAAGGGGAAACCGCUGAGUGAAGCUAUACACCUGCUUCAGAUGGCUGGAGAGUCUGUUACACUGAAGAUCAAGAAACAGGGAGAACUGGCAAGUCCUAAGCAGCCAUCAGUGACCGGGCAUCUGGGUGAACUGAGUGAUGCAGAGGAUGAGAAUCAGCAGAAGACAGGGAAGCUUUCAGACAUCUACUCCUCCACCAUCCCCAGCGUGGACAGUGCCGUCGAGUCCUGGGACGGCUCGGCUAUAGAUGCCUCCUUCAGCCCUCAGGCCCCAACAGGCUUCCAAGCAUCAGGCUACAGUUUCCACAGCCACGAAUGGAGGAACGCCAAAGUGAGUCGUGGCAGUGUAUCUCCAGGCAGCAGCCAUCAGAAGAGCACCAUCCUGCAGGACCUAGGCCUCAGUGAUGAUGAAUGGGACAAACCCACUGCUAGCGGAGCCGCCACGCUGCCCACUGGCCUUAUUUCAGACAGCAGGUUCACCGUGGGUCACGAUGGCACAGAGCCGGAUCAAGAAGAGAACUUUUGGUCUCAGGCGCUGGAGGACUUGGAGACGUGCGGCCAGUCCGGGAUCCUCCGCGAACUUGAGGACAAGCCAAACAGGCUUCUGACUAAGAGAAACCUGGCCGUCUUGGCCACCAUAAUGUCUGGCAGUACACUGAGUCUGAACCAUGACCCGGCGCCAGCACGGUGCCAACUGGGGAGGCAGGCCAGCUUCCAGGAACGUGGUAGCAACAGGUCGCAGUAUAACCAGGGCAACCGUAGUAACACACUUCCCAGCGACAGUGGACGCAAAGCCUUCGCCAUGAGGAAGAUGCAACAAGAGAUCAAGGACAUUGUGUCCCCAAACCCUGUGGAGCUACACAAGGUGAGUCUGAAUAAAGAGUCAGACCUAGAGGACUUUGGCUUCAGUGUGUCUGAUGGACUCCUGGAGAAGGGGGUCUACGUCAAUAACAUUCGCCCAGGUGGGCCUGCUGAGGUGGCGGGGCUCAAACCCUACGACAGGCUAUUACAGAUCAACCAUGUCCGAACUAGAGACUUUGAUUGCUGCUUGGUGGUUCCUCUGAUUGCUGAAUCAGGGAACAAGCUGGACCUGGUAAUCAGCCGAAACCCAGCCUCAGCCUCGACCUCACCCUCAGAACUGAACCAGCUUCCCGGCGAGGAGCCUGUGGGCUGGACCGACCCAGCCGAGCCCCUCCCUCAGGAGGCGGCCCAACAGAACUCCAGGCUAGUGGGGUCAGAGGGCAGAGACCUCAACAAGACCUUAUAGCAGAACCCCAUCCCUCCAUCCCCAGCACAGGCUAAAGUGCUCCUCAUGGUGCUAAGUGAACUCCUCUCAACACACACCACCCCCUGCUGGAGUGAGCUGGAGCUCUUCUGGCAUAUAGCACACACAGUCUCUUCCCUGAGCCACAGCAUGAGCCACACACUGAGAGGGGUCAUCCCUACACCUGCUGCCUGUGUGUUUACUCCUGUGAAAAUGACACUGGUGAUUAUGGAAGGAGAUCAUACUGACCUCAAGAUCUCAAGAACUGAUCCAGUGCCAUCCCUCAUUUUUAUUGCCAAUAAACAUUUUAAUGGGGGAAAAAAAACUAAGCAAAAGAAGCAAAUGGAAUCUUUAAGACGUUUACACAUGAUUAUGGACUGGCCGCUGUGUGUGUGUGUGUGUGUGUGUGCGUGUGUGUGUGUGUAUAUGUGUUUGAGUAAACAGGAUUUCCUCCUGUGAGUCCCGGGCCAGAACAAUCUCCACAUUCUGUAUUCUGUUUGUUCUAACUUCAGCUGUUCUCCUGGUCUCCUCCAUCUUGCCUCUUGCUCCUUUCUUUUGUAUGUGUGUGUAUGUGUCAUGUAGAUCUCCCUGUAAUUCCUCACAAAGUGAUGCCACGUGAUGUCUCACUCAGCAGGAAAAUCACUCAGCACGAUCUCAGCAACGUGAACCCGAAUUUCCCAAAAUGGUAAAACGCUAGUCAGCCCCGGCGGGUUGGGUGGCACAAUGCAUGAGACCUUUUGUGAACUAUUUUAUAAUGGUAGAAGUGUGAUUGUACAGAACAAAAAAAACACUCAAAAAAGAACAAAACUUCAUUUAAAAAGGUCAUCAUUUGAUUCCUGGGAUAAAUCCAUCCAAAUGGUUGAACCUUAAUGUCAUAUUGAAUUAUAAUCAUUUCACCAUGACAUUAAAGAUGCACCUUAGCUUAGAACUGGACAGAAGUCUAUUUUUAUCCGUCAAGGCAAAUGGUUUAUACUGUUGGUAAAUGAGCAAGUGUGUCGAGCUUGAGUGAUGGAAAAGAUGCAUUCAGCAAUCAGCUUGCCUUACUAUAACGAAGAUGAUCGGGUAGAGAGGGUGUGUUUUGGUUUCUUUAAGUGUGUGGUGCAGGAAGAACGUUCAGGCUUUGUGUUGCUUUUUGGAAAUGUCAAUCGCUAGCACAAAGCAGAGAGACCAAAUAUCUAGUUCAGCGUGUCCCCGAUUCACCUCCUCUCAUGCCUAUUCUGGACAAUGGAGAGCUGGAUCGGUGUCUAUGGGCCUUGAAGUGUUGCUUAGAGGCAGCCCCACAUCAGCCAGACACAUUUCAAGGCAACACAAUGUGUCAGCAUAAAUAUCGAAAUCUUCAUUCCGAACGUGCGUUUUCAGCUGUUUGGAGAAUCUUUUUAACCACCACUCUAAUAUUUAAAAAAAAAAUACAAAAAAAAAAAAAAAAAGCAUGAAGUUGAGUGACGCGAGAAGCCCGACAACAACUUCUAGUCUAUAGUCCUCCCUUGUUUAAGUGAAUAUGAACUUAUACUAAUCUACUGUAUGUGGUACUGGUAUGGUUUUCUAUGUUAAAUGUGUUUUUUUUUUCAGAGGGCAUUAGCCCAAACGGUGUACAAACUAUUUGUAAAGAGAAACGAACAAAAAAAAAAAAAGACAGUGGCACUCGAGUGUUAAAUCAUGUGAGGAUGAGGUUCUGUGUGGCUGAACAUUUCAUAUAUCUAUAUUUAAAAAAAAGCUGUAGCUCUAUUCAGAAAAAUAAAAAACAUUAGAAAAGGUAAAACUACUGCUUAGAGCAGCACAUACUUGUGUGAGUGUGUGAAAUGUGGCUUGUCUGUGCUCACACACUCUUGACUACUCACUAUUUAAAAUGGCACAUGAGCGGUCCAGUCAAACUCCUGGUCAUACCGUCAUCAGGGUGACGCUCCCCUGGCAUUUCUUUACAGACUUUUUGAUUCUGGAGCAACUUUGUUCUGUUUCUUCAGGUACGGGUUCAUUCCCUGAUCUCAUGCACUGGAUUUGAGAUCUUCUGUUGUCCUUUUUGACAUGUCACGAAUUAUAUAAAAUUCUACACCUGUCAUUGUCAAGUGUUUCCUGUAAGCAGUGUGACAUCCAGUACCCGGGGUUUUCCGUGAAGGUUUUCCCACUGUGUUACUGCAAGGAAUCUGUAGUGACAUGCACACGAAUUUAAGUGUUGCCUAAUAUUUUGUUUUGUUUUGUUUUGUUUUUCGUUAAAAACAUUUUUUUUUCAUGUAUAAUCAUUUUAUGUGGAUUUAAGCACUGCCAGUUAAAAUAGUGGGUAUCCAUUUUCACUGUAUGAUGAAUUAAUGACACAAUUUCACUGUUAGGUCCCUGAAAUAUUGUAUUUUUAUUUCUAAUGGACAGGCAUUAUGAGCUGUAAAGUAUUUUUGUACAAAUUUAAUACUUUGUUAGCAUGAUAUUUAUCGUCUAUGUAUAACUUUGGGGAUUCCUACAGCUGUAAACCUUUAUAUGGCCAACGAAAAGAAAAACAAUAAAAAGAUAUACAGAGUGGACUAA